AUGGUGGCGUCAGAGCUCAUCACUGGAUUCCCGUUGCCUAGUACAGGAAGUUCAGCAGCUCUUGCAAGCUCCCAACAUCAGGAAGACGAAAAGCUCUGGACUCGAAUUCUAUCCGAAGUUAGUUCGAAAUCGUCGUCAACUUUGCAGGGCGGCACACUAAUCAUUCUUGGUGAUAAUCAGUCUGGGAAGUCGUCUUUGCUUGCUCGAUUGGAGAAAAACGAGAGUCAAGGUCAGCGUUCUGCUCUCGAAUAUCACUUCCUGAAUGUACAGAACGAUUUCCGCGACGGCAGCUAUGCAUAUCAGUUGGGUACAGCUGGUGCUCUUGGACCGGCAGAAAAUUUCAGUUUACCGGUGUGGAUGUUGGAUGGUGAAGAGUGCUUUGCUCCACUUAUCCAGUUUGCUUUGCCAUUGCCAUCACCAGCCAAAACCGUUGUCCUUUUAACGGCUUCCAUUGAUAAUCCUGGACUAAUUCACUCAAUUCGACGAUGGGCUAAUAUCCUCACUCAACAAGUCAUACAAAAGUACGACAAAGCCACUCUCACCGAAGCCAAAACACAACAAGAACGAUUCUGGCAAGAAUACGUCGAGCCUGUCGAAUCGUCCAUGACAUCAUCAAUGGCUCCAGGAGCUUUGGAUGAUGCCGGUCUUCUCCCACUAGAACAAGGUGUACUCACAGAAAACUGUGGAGUAAGCUUUGUCGUGGUGAUAACAAAAAGUGACUUGUGCAAUGAGAUGACCGAUCAACAGGCUGAUCGUAUUCUUGUACAAGUACGACGACUAUGCCUUCAGCUUGGCGCUGCUUUGAUCUACACAAGUGCAAAGAAUGUGAAGAAUAUCCAGGUUCUAUACAAGUACGUCGUUCAUCGAGCUUUUGGUUUUCCAUUUACAAGCACAGCUCAACUGAUUGAAAGAGACUCGGUGUUUGUGCCAGCUGGUUGGGAUGGUGAGAAGAAGAUUGAAAUUGUAAAGGAAGGUUUACCUGAUGCUGAUGGAAUUCUGGAGCCAACAAGAGAUAAGCCAAUAUUGCUCAGAGAGCAAGUAAUCGAAGCAGAAGAUGAACAGGCAUUCCUUCAACGUCUUGCUGCUGCCGAGAGUGCAGCACCGGCGGCCCAGAAGAAGUCGAGCAUUCUGGAUGACGCUACAGACAACAAAACCCCAUUAUCCAGUUUCUUCUCCAACCUUUUGAAGGACAAGCCAAAUGUCGUAAAAACUUCCGUACCACCUGUUGAUAGUGCUGUUCAAUUGGAUCGCAUCCUGAAAAGUGCUACCGGGCAGCAAGGUCAAGGCGCCAAUGACAGUUCUGCGUAA